UUUUCCUGAAUAUAUUUUGGGGGAUACAAUUAUAUUAAUUUUCUUUAGCCAAUUGCUGUAAAGAAACUGGAGCCGCGCUGUGUAAGAGAUGGGGAAAAUACGUCAGAGAAAUUACGUAUCUGCGUUUGUAACCCAAUAGAAUAAGGGGAAUCAUAUGCAAAUGAGAUAGGAAUAGGAAGUGAAUUCCGAGAUGUCAGUCUAGCGGUAGCUACAUGUUAAUGCAUGUCCAUCGACAGGGAGGGAAAUAAUAGAAAAGACGGACCGUAAAUUAUUUCGAGAUAAAUAUAGAAACAUCCCUAUGGAAAGACACGGAUUCAGACACAAAGGAGAAAAGGAAAAGACUGGACACGGUGUAGGAGAGGACGGUAACGAGAUUUGACCACGUCACUGUGACUCUGUCACUGCACAAAUAAAGGCUGUUGGACAGAGUGGAUCAUCUUUUUAUUGAAUUUAAACCUAAAUUAGGCACAAUGGCCACCCAAGACUCGGGCUACUAUGACUACACCAUCGUCGCCCCGGAGAUGCCGGCCAUGUUCGACGGCAUGAAGCUGGCAGCGGUCGCCACGGUGCUGUAUGUCAUCGUCCGCUGCCUGAACCUCAAGAGUCCCACCGCCGCUCCUGACAUCACCUACCAGGACACGCCCCUGAACCGCUUCCUGCUCAAGUCCUGCCCCAUCCUGACCAAAGAGUACAUUCCGCCCCUGCUGUGGGGUAAAAGUGGCCACCUACAGACAGCACUGUAUGGCAAGAUGGGGCGUGUGAGCUGCCCUCACCCCAUAGGCCUCAGGAAGUACUUACCCAUGCAGGAUGGGGCCACCGCCACCUUUGACCUCUUCGAGCCCAUGGGGGACCACCGGACAGGAGAUGACGUCACCAUGGUGAUAUGCCCGGGGAUCGGUAACCAUAGCGAGAAGCACUACAUCCGCACCUUUGUGGGUCACUCUCAGAAGGAAGGUUACAGGUGUGCUGUGCUCAAUCACCUGGGUGCUCUGCCCAACAUCGAGCUCACCUCACCUCGCAUGUUCACCUACGGUUGCACGUGGGAGUUUGCGUCCAUGGUGGGUUACAUCAAGAAGAUGUUCCCUCACACCCACCUCAUAGUGGUGGGCUUCAGCCUCGGAGGCAACAUCGUGUGCAAGUUCCUGGGAGAGAACCGGACCAAUCAGGAGAGAGUGCUGUGCUGCGUCAGCGUCUGCCAGGGAUACAGUGCACUCAGGGCCCAGGAGACGUUCCUACAGUGGGACCAGUGCAGACGCUUCUACAACUUCCUCAUGGCCGACAACAUGAAGAAGAUCAUCCUUUCACACAGGGGCAGUCUGUUUGGAAGUGCAACGAAGAUGGAGGAUGCAGACCUGAGCCGGCUCUACACGGCCACCUCCCUCAUGCAGAUCGAUGAAACCAUCAUGAGGAAGUUCCACGGGCACAACUCCCUCAAAGAAUACUACGAGAAGGAGAGCUGUGUGCAUUAUAUUCACAAUGUUGACGUGCCACUUCUGUUGGUCAACUCUGCAGACGAUCCUCUGGUGCACGGGUCUCUGCUCACCAUCCCUCGCACACUGGCAGAGAAGAAGCAGAAUGUCAUCUUCGCCCUGACACUGCACGGGGGGCACCUGGGCUUCUUUGAGGGGGCCGUGCUCGUCCCCCAGCCCCUCACCUGGAUGGACAAAGUGAUCGUGGGUUACGCCAACGCCAUGUGCCAAUGGGAAAAACAGAAACCGCCAUGCCAAAAAAGCGGGAACCUGAAUACAUCCUGUCCUGAAGAGAAGGCAGCGUAAACUUUAACUUCCUGAACUCCUCUCUCGCUCACCUCUGACCCUCCCCUCCCCACUCACUGAGGAGAAACUUUAACCAAACUUGAACUACUACUCUCUCUCUCUCCUCUCACGCCUCUUCUCGGGCUACUGUCUCAACCCUCUCCUCCUCCUCCUGGGUACCCCUAUUCCCUCAGCCUCUACUCCUCCUGCUGCCCCCCUCUAACCAAAACCACCUUACACGUGAAGGAACUAAAACGACUAAAUGCCUUUGUGCUUUGUCUCUGAGGGGAACUAGUGGAGUGGAGAGGAACAACUACUUCUGUCCUUACGUAUACAUUACCAAGAGAGAUCCCUGAGAUCCAACCAUGGAGACUUUGACCAAAUAUUCACUUUAAAAAAGGGAUAAAACAAACUGGCAUCCGACAAGUAGAGAAAAAGAGAGGGAGAGAGAGUGACAUGGUAGAUGUGUAGUCGUAGAGAAAACGAGCACAGAAGAAACCUCCUAGUACUAUCUCUGAGGGCUAAUGAAGCUGCAGUGACUGUACGCUACAGUGCGCUCACUGCUGACGACUGCCAUGGCUUUAGCCUAGUUUGCCGACUUAAACCAACACAGCCUCUUUAUACAAUGUAUGUUACUCGCAAAUAAUGUAUAAAAAGCCAGUUUAGUUUAGCAGGCCGUGUGUGCUGAGAAGGAGAGCUGCGGGAUAGCUCUGUUAGUAUGUGACCUUUUCUAUGAGGUUGAUCUGAUUCUCUGUUCUGUCUGUUUUAGUCCUAAAUAUGUUUUCUUGGUGAAUAGCAGCCCUUUUUGGAAGGUAUACAAAUAUGGAAUAGUUUAUUAUUAUUAUUAUUAUUAUUAUUAUUAUUAUACAAUUAUUUUCAGAUCACGAGUCCCCCAUAAAAUGAGUAUCUAUUUCACACUUGAUUCCACGUAGAAUCAAGGGGUAUGUCUCACAAUGCACCCUAGUUCCUAUGGUGAAAUAUAGUGGACCUGGUCAAAAGUAGAGCACUACAAAGGGAAUAGGGUGCCUUUUGGGAUGCAUCCAAGAUCUCACUCGCCCCUCAGUGAUAUUAAGCAGUGGAGGUAGGUUUUUACCUAGCGGACCUGACCUGUGGUCAAUCUCAAUGAGAUCCAUGCACAUUCCUACUGUCUCGUUGUUCUAUCACUUUUAUUCAAUGCACUUUAUACGUUGUAUGUCACAUUUCUUUAUUCAACCGUUUUGUUAUUCUUUCUUUUAUGGGACUAGCGGAAGACAAAGGUUUAGAAACUGUUUUGUUUUGCGUAACGUUUAGUUCAGUGACACUAACGAACGGGAGGGAGAGAGGUUGAUAACUCUUCAAGUUAGACGGCCCAAAUGAUCCCCACGUUCACUAAACCCUACAGUCCACCUUCCCAGUAGAGGAUUUUUGUACUUAAAAAUAAGACUUUUUCCAAAAUCGUG